AUGGAAAAUUAUUUUCAAGCAGCUAUUCGACCAAAAUCAAAUGAUUUAGUACUUGAAAAAAGAUCAGAAAAUAUUUCUGAAAUGAACAAAUUUAUAUGGCAAAAACGCAUGGAUCGUCCAUAUACUUAUACUGAUAUUUAUCUUGGUUUUCAAGUAUCUGUACC